UGGAUUGCGCCAGACAUAACACCUGUUUGUGCUGCCACCGAAGCUUCACUCACACAAUGUUCUCCAACUGGGUUCAUGUAUUUAUCACUACUGAUGCAGUUAUUUGGGAAUUCAUCUGAAAAUAGUGUUGGCAGAAUAAAUCCUUUUCAACCACCAAUAAAACCUACUAACGAUGAAGACCUGACAAAAGACAAUGAAGAACUAAUGGAAUUCGAUUUUGUUAUUGUUGGUGGUGGCUCUGCUGGAUGUGUGAUAGCUAAUAGAUUAUCAGAAGUCAAGAAUUGGAAGAUACUCCUUAUUGAAGCCGGCCCAGAAGAACCCGAUAUCACGAUGGUGCCCUCGACAGUUAAAACCCUAGCAGGUUCCAAUAUUGACUGGAAGUAUUCAACGCAGCCAGACAACUAUACCUGUCAAUCGCAGAAGGGCCAUGUAUGUGGCAUGCCAAGGGGUAAGACAUUGGGAGGAUCAAGUGCUAUCAAUUAUAUGGUUUACAUGAGAGGAAACAAGUUAGAUUAUGACGGUUGGGCUGCGGCUGGUAACCCUGGUUGGAGUUACGAUGAGGUUCUACCAUAUUUCAAGAAAUCAGAGAAUAAUAGAGAAGCCACUAAUACAAAAUUACAUGGGAUUAGUGGACCACUAAGUGUUGUUAAGUUUCCUUACAUUGAUAACACAACUGAAAUCAUUGUUGAAAGUUUUAAAGAAAAAGGCCUACCUCUGAUUGAUCUAACAAGUCCAAAUAAUCUAGGAGUAAACAUAGCUUAUUCAACAUCUGAAAAUGGCAAGCGACAAUCGGCUAAUGCUGCAUUUAUCAAACCAAUACGGCAACUGCGAUCUAAUUUACAAAUACUAACAGAUGCAUUUGCCACAAAAAUAUUGAUAGAUCCUACUUCAAAAACGGCAUUUGGGAUAAAAUAUCAAAAAAAUGGAAUUUUCUUUAAGGCUAUUGCUAAAAAAGAAGUAAUUAUAAGCUCAGGUACAUAUAAUUCUCCAAAGUUGUUAAUGCUAUCUGGUAUAGGACAUAAAGAAUACUUAGAGAAUCUCAAGAUUCCAGUUUUAGCCGAUUUACAAGUGGGUUACAAUUUACAGGACCAUGUAUCUACAUCUGGUUUAGUUUUAGCAUUGUCUGAUCAGCUUAGCAAUAAAGUAAAUAGAUCUCAACUUCUAUAUGAAGUCAACGAGUAUUAUAAACAGGGGCCUCUUAAACACGGUCCACUUACAACAACAUCUGUUUGUAAUACUGUUGCUUUUAUCAAAACUAAUUUUACUAAAGAAAAUGCUCCAGACAUUCAAUACCACUUUAUUGGUGAGCAGGUUGAUUUCUUCCAAGAUCCAGCAUCGUAUUUAGCAUCAAAUAUUUUUCCAAUGUCAUUUUACGAUAUUAUUAAUGUAUACGCUUUGUUACUUGAUCCUAAAAGUAGAGGCAUUAUCAAAUUAAAUGCAACAAACAAUAUUUUUGGUCCACCACUAAUUUAUCCUGGAUUUUUUCAAGUUAAAGAAGAUAUGGAUAGAAUUAUCGAAGGAAUGAAAUUUGCAGUUGGCUUGGAAGAAACGAUAGCAUUUAAGUCGGCUGGAAUUUCUUUUGAUAGAACAAAACUUAAAGGAUGCCAAGGAAUGUCUUGGGGAAGCUAUGACUAUUUUGCAUGUUUGCUUAUGCAUUAUACGACUACAAUAGGUCAUCCAGUUGGCACAUGUAAGAUGGGACCAAAAGCUGAUAAAGACGCAGUUGUUGAUGCAAAACUGCGUGUGCAUGGAAUUAAAAAUUUAAGAGUGAUCGACGCGUCAGUUAUGCCAAAAAUCACACGAGGAAAUACCAAUGCACCAACAAUUAUGAUAGCAGAAAAGGGCAGUGAUAUGAUAAAAAAUGAUCAUGAAAAAUCAAAAUGAUAAAAAAUAAGGUUUCAUUUGAUAGUUAUAUGAUAAUUUAAUAUU